AAAACUAUGAACAACACGUCUUUAAGUUAGAUGAGGUCAGGCUGCUAUCUCACGAUAACAAGCAGAAAAGGAGAAGUAGGAGAGAAAGAGUCCGUUAAGAGCAGAGUCUGAGAUCACUGUGCAGAGAAGAGGGCACGAGAGCAAGGCAGAAAAAGAGAGACAAGAAUUUGACCGACUGUCUCACUCCUCAGAUCAGGAUGUUUGUUCUCAUCUGGGCGACUCUGCUUUUCUUUGCUAGAGGCAGCAAUGCUGACACUGAUGCAUCAGUGGGGUUGACAACACGCUGUGACUAUGGAUUCUGUAUGACUCUUAGUGAAGCAGAAAUAACAGCAGAGGCUGGACUCUGUGUUGUGAUACCAUGUUCUUUCAGUAGUACUUCAGGCUUUACACCCCAACACUUAGUUUGGUACAAAUGUGAACCAUUGGAAUCAAGAUGUAGAGAUUCUGACAUUGUAUUCCACACCAACAAGAAGAACAACAUUCAGUCCAGGUUUAUGGGACGGAUUUCACUGUUGGAGCCUAUAGUGAGUCAGAACUGCAGCAUCAUCAUCAACGACCUCACUGUGUCAGACUCUGGAUCAUAUCGACUCAGAGUUAAAGGUGUUCUGGAUGGGAACACAGAUGGAUAUACAUUCUUUUCAAAAGCAGCUGUCUCUGUUAAAGGUCUGAUCCAGAAGCCCACAGUGGUGAUUCCUCCUCUGGCAGAGGGACAGCAGACCACACUGAGCUGCACUGCUCCUGGUCUCUGUUCUGGAUCUGAUCCCAAAAUCACCUGGACGUGGAGAGGAGCAGGAGAGAAGGACUCUCACAUCACAGGAAACCUCACUGCUUUCAAGACUGAACACCUGACUGCUGUCACACAGAGACACAGCUCAACUCUGACCUUUAACUCUUCAGCUGAACACCACGGCACCAACAUUACCUGUAAGGUCAGCUUCACAAACAACAUCACUGCAGAAGAGACAUUGACUCUGAAUAUGACCUUAAUUCAACAUGGACCAAGUGCAGUGAAUCCCUGGGGCGUCAUCGCUGUUGUAUCUCUCAUUGUAAAUGUCAUCGCCAUAAUCCUCUUGAUGCUCCUUUGGCACACAAGAAGAAAGGUGAAACCCAACCCAGAGGACAAAACUUACAUGUCACUGCAGAAAACAGACAUGGCACCAGUGUAUGACGUUAUUGCCCAACCUCAGAACUAACAAGUGUCAGCUUCCACUGAGUUUAGUACUCUGAUUGAUUUGUUUAUCAUAUUUUUAUGUUUAAGAUUCUAUAAGUAAGACAUUUUCUGGUUAUUUUUUAUUUUAUUUAACUGUAUUAUUAUUUUUUAUAGUUUACAUUUCAUGUUAUUAUUUCAGUAUACUCACAGUCUAUUGUAGCUGGGAUUUAAAUGCUUUUUCAGAUUUCUCAACCAGUCUGCAGAUCUAAAAAUUACAUUUUCAAGUGAAAUUAAUUUAAAUCUUUUUAUAUAAUAUUUUAUUAUUAAAAUGUUUUUGAGAUUUCAUUAUGAUUGCAACUGUAUCUUUAGCAAUGUGUCUGCAAUACAUUGCGUCAGGUCUACGAAAUACAUUUUAAGUUAUUAUAUAAAGAUUUACUUUGCCACUUGUCACAAACAAUGAAAAUUCAUUGUGGCGACACAGAACUACGAAUAUUUGGCGCAAAGAAUAUUGAACCUCGCCAGACUAAAUGGCACAUUUGUUACCGCUCCAUUAUAAAAUAAAAUAAAAAUUAAUUUAAGGUUUUCCCAUAAUGCAUGAAUAUUAAUUGUUAACUUUACAACAGUUUACGCUGGUGUGUAAUAUGCACACAUAUAUUAGUUGACUGUGACAGAAUUGUUGGCAGUUAUACUUCACAUACAGUUAUCGCACAAUAUAAACCAUGGAGACAUGCUGUCCCACAUGCUUGCUUUCUCGACUGCAGUUGGUUGUUACAGCAAAGGUUCUCAAACACUUUGAGCCCAGGGAGAGACUCCUUACACGGGAGAAAACUUUCCAGAACCUCCUCAUAAUCGUAACACCGACAUAGCGUACGCUUACUACCAUUUGUACUUUUAGAUGCCAUUGGUGGUAAUUGUAUUCUAAAACUUUUCAACCACGUUUCAUGAUGAUACACAGAAACACAUUUGAAUCAUGUUAAUACCACUUAUAUACUUUUAAACAAAGAGUCAUUUUAUUUUACUUGACAGCAUUUAUACUUUUUAAGUAAUUGAUCUUAAAAGCUUUCAGAAAACGAACAGUAGCAUUUUAUAUGUAUAUAUUUGACUUAUUCCUGUAUUUACUCGCACUAUUAUGUCUCUUGCAGUAUUUUAUCGCACUAUUUUAUUUCUUUAUUAUGUCGGUAUGUUGAAUUGUUGGACUAAAGAUUUUCAUUGACAACAACUAACCUGUAUAUUUUGUGUAUAUGACAAUAAAGCUUUUGAUUCUUGAA